UUUAAUUAAACCAUGUCUAGAAGUUGUACUUGAAUGAGUAGGCAAUGCUUUAGUUGGAGCAAUGUUCUUUUGAAUUUUAUGGUUUUAUUGUUUUCACAUCUUAUAGAUUGGUUCACGCAUAUCCUGAGUUCUAGUUAAGAUGAACUAGCUUUUGUUAUGGAUGCAGAGAAAUUAGAUAAAAGUGGAUAUAAUUUCCUAAUCGAUUUUGUCUUGUCAUAUCUUAUCCAUAUCCUUAUACACCCAUGCAAACGUUACUUCUAUGUUUUUUUCCCUGAUAUACGUGUCAGAUUAUCACCCUUUAGUCAUUUUUGCUACAUCAAUUUGAUUUGGAUGCAUUGAGAGCACAGAUAUCUAAUGUUUUUGCUCACAGGAGUGAUGUUCUACUGUAAUUUGUGUACUUAAAUAUAUUCCUUUUGGACUUUUUUGGGUAAAUAAUAUUGGUUUCUUGAAGAAAAUUGUAGCAAGGUUCUGCUGAUGGUUGUUCUGCACUUUGAAGUGAUGUUCAAACAUAGCAGUUAACGGGCCUGAACCUGAUGUCAAUUUAGGCACUCAACUUUAGCAUCAUACUUAAAUGGGUUCUAUUUUGCCAUCAGGACUUCUCUUUGUUAACUUUGUAAUGCUGUUUGGUAUUUUUCUAAUUUUAUACGGACAUGUGUUGUGGUAGAAAAAGAAAUAAUACAUGUUGAGAGAUUGCUAUAUAUGUAUUUUGGUUUCAGCAAUCUAUCUCUGAUAAGGUAAGCUUCUUUAAGGUUCAAAGUAUAAAAGUGAUGGAUGAGCUAGAUGAACUUACCAUUAUAUUAUUAGUGUUAGAAAUAGAUGAUUAGAUGGACGAAUCUUCCAUGAUAAGUGCAAGAGAUUGCUUAGCGGAGAAAAGUAGAAGUAGAUAAGAAGGAAUACUGGAGCUGCAAAUGGCAGUUGCUUGUGGGGAAGCUCUGGCACUAAUUGCCUUUAUUUUGAUUUCUUUUCUUUUUGCCCUUAUUGUGUUAAGAAUUCUGUUUUGGCUUUUAUUACUAUGAAAUAAUUGAGUUAAAUAUUAAAUUGGUCCAUCCCCUUCCAGGGAAAAAAGGGAAACAUUCCUCCGAGUGGUAGUGGAACAACUUUUAGGACUGUUUUGUUAGUAAAAGUUCAAUGGUCCAUGAAAUUAGUAAGAGGUGACCUGAUUGAGAAUUUAGUAAAAUGCUGAGUGGUUUAUUUUGGUAUUUGAACAAGUCACCUUUCAUGGAGAAGAAAUCAGAAAGUGAGCUAAACAAGCCAGAGGAAAACCAAAAAGCAGAGGAAGAACGGGGAGGUUCGACAUCAAAUCCCUUUCUAUCUUUUCUGAAUGGUCUUGGGAUAUUUGGAGUCAGUGUGCUUGGUCCGCUCUAUGCUUUGCUUCAGAAGGAGAAGAAAGAAACUGAUCAAGCCUUAGAGUCAAUAAAGAUCAAAUUGAAAGAAAAAGAAGCUGCAAUUGUCUCAAUGGAGAAAGACUUUGAAUCAAAACUGCUAAAUGAACGCGAAGAACGAACCAAGCAACUUAAAGAGGCAAAGGAAGAAAAGCUGUCUAUAAUGGAUCAACUAAAUUCAGCUAACAAUACAAUUGCAGGCUUAGGGCAGGAACUUAAAAAUGAGAAGAGGUUAAUUGAGAACCUUAAAGUUCAAAUUGACAGUCUUCAAAGCAACCUCUUGAAGGCCGGGGAAGAAAAAAGAUCUCUUGAACAAGAAUUGAAGGAAAAGCUUGAUUUAGUGGGCGUCUUGCAAGAAAAAGUAAACUUGCUCCGUUCAGAACUCAAAGAUAAGGAAGGUAACAUUCAAAAGCUCAGCUCAUCCAUUGAUGAAAAGGAAUCAGAGUUAAAGAACGUAAACACUGCUUAUGAGAAAACUAAGGAAGAACUUAGGAAAGCAAAUUCAGAGAUUGAAGGUUUGAAAGAAGAAUUACUGAGAAAUCAAAGUGAACUUGAGUCGAAAAAUGCUGCGGUGGAUGAAUUAAAUGCAAGGAUAAGUUCUUUAACAGUUGAAAGAGAUAAUUCUAGGCAGGAAUUUGGUGCUCUUCAAGAGGAUUAUAAUAAUCUCAAAGUGUCUUCUGAAAAUAAGGCGGCAGCAGAUGCUAAGCUUUUGGGGGAAAGAGAAAAAGAAAUUCACUUGCUAAAGGACCAACUCAAGCUUGCUGUAAAUGAUGCAAGUAAAAAUAAAGCAAUUGUUGUGGAUUUGGAGAAGGAAAGAGAGAACCUGAAGAAAGCACUGGAAGUGGAAUUGGAAAAUUUAAAGAAGCUGAAAGAAGAACUCCUAGUUGCUGAGGAAACUCUUGCAAAGUCCAAAAGUGAGGCUUCUGAUCUGUUCAAGCAACUUAAGAACUCACAAACACAAUGUAAAGAGCUUGAGUCAGAGGUUUCAAGGGUUAGGGCUGAGUUUGAUGAAACUAAACUAAGACUGCAAGGCAGCCUUGAUGAGGCAGAGCAAAGUGGCAAAGUUCUUGCCAAUGAGCUUGCAGCUGCGAAAGAGCUUCUGAACAAAACCAGGGAGGAGGUGCAGACAUUUUCUCAUGAGCUGGCAUCUAUGACAGAAAAUCGUGACAGCCUUCAGAGGGAAUUGGUAGAUGUCUAUAAAAAGGCAGAAACUACAGCUGAUGAUUUGAAAGAAGAGAAAGCGAUUGUUUCUUCCUUAAAGAAAGAAGUACAGGCUUUGGAGAAGCAGAUUUCGAAGGACAAGGAAGCAAGAAAAUCACUUGAAAAGGACCUGGAAGAGGCUACCAAGUCACUUGAUGAGGUGAACCAAAAUAUACUGAAACUUUCUAAAGAUCUUGAAAGCGCUAAUGCUAAAAUAUCUAGUCUCGAGGAUGAGAAAACGGUGCUGUAUAAAACACUUACAGAGCAGAAGAAUGCAGCUAAAGAAGCCCGAGAAAACAUGGAAGAUGCCCACAACCUUGUCAUGUCACUUGGCAAAGAAAGGGAGAGUUUGGAAAAGCAAGCGAAGAAACUCGAGGAAGAAUUGUCAUCCGCCAAGGGUGAAAUACUACGGUUGAGGAGUGAAAUAAAUACAUCCAAAGUUGCUGUAAACAAUGAGCUUGGACAGGAAAGUGACAAUGAAGGUGAAGCAAAAGUGACAGUCAGUUCAAGGAAAACUACCAGAAGGAGAAAAAGUAGCUCACAAUGAGGUUCACAAGUAACCAUCCUGAAUUAUAAUAUUUUAUUAUCCUGGAUUUGAUUGUUGCUUGUCAAUUUUUGGCAAUAUCAUUGUAUUGUUGUUACAUAAAUCUGACAUCGAGAAUGGUAAUUAAGGAAUUGGCUUAUAUGUAUGUAAAGAUCCACUGUAUGCUAUUUAAGGAAUUAUUUAGCAAUACCAUUGUAUCAUUGUUAUAUAAA